AUGGACUCCUUCAAAAAUUUGAGAUAUCUCAAUCUAUCAUGGUCCACUUUUGCUGGGAGUAUUCCUUAUGCACUGGGAAAUCUCUCAAAGUUGGAGUAUCUUGAUCUAAGUAACAGUUAUCGUCUUCGUGGAAAAAUUCCCUCUCAACUAGGGAAACUUACAAAUUUACGAUAUUUAGAUCUAAGUUACAAUUAUCUCCAUGGAGAAAUCCCUUAUCAACUUGGGAAUCUAUCACAAUUGAGGUAUCUUGUUCUUUGGCAGAUUUCACUUUCUGGAGCAAUACCUUUUCAGGUUGGGAAUCUUCCUUUCUUGAAAUUUCUUAGACUUGGAGGUAAUUUUGAUAUAUCAAUCAAGGAUGCAACAUGGCUCUCUUCACUCUCUUCAUUAGAUACUCUUGGCCUGAUGUUAUUGCCUCUUGACUCCUCUUAUCACUGGCUAAAAACGAUUCGAGAGAUUAUUCCUAACUUACGAGAGUUGAGAUUAGUUGGUUGUAGUCUUUCAGAUGAUAAUAUUUCAUAUUUGUUUCAUUUUCAUUCCGACCUUUCCACUUCUCUUUCCUUCAUUGAUCUCUCUGAUAAUAUGUUGACAUCAUCAACAUUUCAAUUGUUGUUCAACUAUAGCCUUCAUCUCCAAAAGCUUUAUCUUUCUCAUAAUAAUAUUGUCUCUCCAUCACCUCACUAUCCAAACUUUCCUUCUCUCAUGACCCUUGAUCUCUCCGAAAACAAUAUGACAUCAUGGAUAUUUCAAGGAAAUUUAAACUUCAGCUCCAGACUACAAAAUCUUCAUCUACAAGAUUGCGGUCUUACUGAUAAAAGUUUUCUUUUGCCAUCCGCUUCAAUAAGAACUUCCUCAUCUUCUCUUGUCACCCUUGAUCUCUCUGAUAACCUGUUGAAAUCAUCGACUAUAUUUCACUGGGUUUUCAACUUUACCCCCAAUCUUCAUAGCCUUAGGCUUGAUCGUAACACGUUAGAAGGUCUCCUUCCAAAUGGAUUUGGGAAUGUAAUGAACUCUCUAGAAGUUCUUACCCUAUCUUCCAACAACCUGCAGGGUGACAUCCCAGCUUCUCUAGGUUAUAUAUGUACAUUGCAUGAUUUAGAACUUAGCGAUAACAAAUUCAGUGGGAAAAUUUAUAGUUUCAUUCAAAAUUCUUCAUGGUACAACAGACUAGAGAAUCUAGAUUUAUCUCAUAACUGGAUUUCUGGCAUGGUUCCUAAUCUGUCAAGUUUUACAUCAUUGAGUAGCUUGGAUAUUUCCCAUAAUCAGUUAAGUGGAGAAAUACCGAAAACCAUUGGGUUGUUACAGGAAUUGGAGUUUCUUAACUUAGAGGAUAAUUACUUAGUGGGUGAUAUCAAUGAAUUGCAUCUCAUAAAUUUGUCUAAAUUGGAGAUGUUAGGCUUGACAGACAACUCUUUGUCCCUAAAGUUUGCUACCACCUGGGUUCCACCUUUCCAAUUACUUCGUUUGGGACUAUCUGCUUGCAAGUGUGGUCCUAGUUUCCCAAGUUGGCUCCAAACUCAAAGUCACUUGGAGUUUCUUGAUAUUUCUGAUGCUGAGAUUGACGACUUUGUGCCCGAAUGGUUUUGGAAUAAGUUACAGUCUAUAAGUCAGCUGAACAUGUCUCACAACAGUCUUAAAGGUACAAUUCCAAAUUUACCAAUCAAGCUUACUGGUGGUUAUGAUACAGAAUUUAUAUAUCUAAGUUUUAAUCAACUUGAAGGUGAAAUUCCUGCUUUUUUAUCACAAGCUUACAUAUUGGAUCUAUCCAACAAUAAGAUUUCAGAUUUAAACAUGUUCUUGUGCCGAAAAAGCGAAACCACAAGGAUGCAAACUUUGGAUUUAUCAAAUAAUCAAAUAAUGGGACAACUGCCUAGCUGUUGGGAACAUCUAAAAAGAUCAUUAAACUUUCUUGAUCUCAGAAAUAAUAAAUUGUCAGGGAAGAUUCCACAGUCUAUGGGUACUCUUGUUAAUUUGCAAUCUUUGGUUCUACGAAACAACAGUUUAAUUGGAGAGUUACCAUUCACAUUGACAAGCUGCACUAAAUUAGUUAUAUUAGAUGUGGGUGAAAAUUUUUUGUCUGGUGCUAUACCUUCAUGGGUUGGAGAAAAUCUACAACAACUGGAAAUUUUGAGCUUGCGAGUAAAUAACUUAUCUGGAAGUGUUCCAGUUCAUCUCUGCUAUUUGAGGCAAAUUCGUCUCUUGGAUCUUUCAAGGAAUCACUUGUCAGGAGGAAUUCCAACAUGUCUAAAGAAUUUUACUGCAAUGAUGGAAAGGGGAGUUGUUGCAAUUGGACGAGAAAUGUCCCCAAAAAUGUCAUUUCAAUCGAAUUCAUAUGGAUCGCGUGAUACUGAGAUUUUAAUCAUGUGGAAAGGUCAGGAUUAUGAAUUUUGGAAUCCUGAGUAUCUUCUGAAGAGCAUUGAUCUCUCAGGUAAUGAAUUGACAGGGGAAAUACCAAAAGAGUUAGGGUAUUUACUUGGAUUAGUUUCUUUGAAUUUAUCAAGAAACCACUUUCAUGGAGAAAUUCCUCGCGAGAUCGGAAAUUUAGAUUCGCUAGAAUUUCUAGACUUAUCAAGAAAUAAUUUUUCAGGCAAUAUUCCUUCUACUCUUUCCAACAUUGAUCGUCUUGGGAUGUUAGACCUAUCACACAAUAAUCUCAGUGGAAGAAUCCCUUGGGGAAGGCAUUUGCAAACCUUUGAUGCCUCUAGUUUUGAAGGAAAUAUUGAUCUUUGUGGAGAGCAACUUAAGAAAAGUUGUCCAGGAGAUGAGAAAACAAUACAACCUCAAGAAGUAGCAAUUGAUGGUGUAAAUGGCAAUUCAGCUUUCUAUGGAGCAUUGUACAUAAGCUUGGGACUAGGAUUCUUUACAGGCUUUUGGGGUUUACUAGGGCCAAUUCUACUUUGGCGACCAUGGAGAUUUGCUUACAUCAGAUUCUUGAACAGACUGGUGGACAAUGUACUUGUAACGGUUGAAAUUAAUGUUCCCAAGUUCAAUCGGUGGCUCAAAGCCUAG